AUGUCCCAUUAUCCCGAGGCUGAUGAAGCUCAGCGGGGCCGUUACAAUGACGGCCACUCCCCGUACCUCAGCUACCCUACGCAAGCCCCGUACACGCACACUCCAGCCCAAACUACGAGCAAGAACAUCAGUCCUAUCAGCCUUUGCACCAUGACCCGUACAGCCAACCUCAAGGUCAGCCGGGAGGUUUCCAAUUACCAGGCUCGACAUUCUACCAAGAUUCGUCGUACCAGCCCCUUUCCCCACACCGCACUCUCCCCCCGCACACCUGGCUCUCCCCCGCUUCAUCCGGAUGCGUUCAAUCCGCCCAUGGGCGAGGUAGCCGCGCCGCAGCCGUCCCUCUACAGCCGCAACAGCGCCGGCUUCCAGCUUCGCGAUGACGGCCCCGAUGACCUCGAUACAGGCGACAUUCCUCUCCUGAGUAGGCCCACGGGCGGGGGAAUGCCGAUGCCGGGUGGGAUGGGAGACUACGAGAUGGUGGAUGGAGACGAGAACAACAUCCGGUAUGGCUCCAUCCCUCAGCGCGUCCCCCGACGGUACAAGACCAUCAAGAAGGUCGAGCUUUUCCACGGCAACUUCGUCCUCGACUCGGCGGUGCCGACGAAGCUGCUGAACAUGUGCGCCGAGCGCGACGAGCGCGAGUUCACGCACAUGCGCUACUCUGCGGCGACGUCCGACCCGAACGACUUCAAGGAUGAGGGCUUCACCCUCCGCCAGGUCCACUACGACCCCCCGCGGCGCACGGAGCUCUUUAUCGUGAUGACGAUGUACAACGAGGACGAAGAGCUGUUCUGCCGCACGAUGCACGGUGUGCUCAAGAACGUCGCGCAUCUCUGCAAGCGUGACCGCAGCAAGACGUGGGGCAAGGAGGGCUGGAAGAAGGUCGUUGUAUGCAUCGUUUCGGACGGUCGGCAAAAGAUCAACUCUCGCACGCUCAGUGUCAUCGCGGCUAUGGGUGCUUACCAGGACGGUGUGGCCAAGAACAUCGUGAACGGGAAGCCUGUCACUGCUCACAUUUACGAGUACACGACCCAAAUCUCGGUCACUCCUUCCAUGAAACUUGAAGGCGCCGAGCGCGGGAUCGUCCCCGUCCAAAUCAUCUUCUGUCUCAAGGAGAAGAACCAGAAGAAGAUUAACUCUCACCGGUGGUUUUUCAACGCGUUCGGCCCGAUUCUCCAGCCCAACGUCUGCGUCCUUCUGGAUGUCGGUACGAUGCCGGGCCCGACGUCCAUCUACCACUUGUGGAAGGCUUUCGACAUCAACUCCAACGUCGGCGGCGCGUGUGGCGAGAUCGUCGCGCUCAAGGGCAAGUGGGGCCAGAACCUCAUCAACCCGCUUGUUGCCGCGCAGAACUUCGAAUACAAGAUGUCGAACAUUCUCGACAAGCCACUCGAGUCCGUCUUCGGCUACAUCACGGUGUUGCCUGGUGCUUUCAGUGCCUACCGAUACAUCGCGCUCCAGAACGACCAGACCGGGGAAGGCCCUCUGCACAAGUACUUCCUAGGCGAGAAGAUGCACGGUGCCGGUGCCGACAUCUUCACGGCCAACAUGUACCUUGCCGAAGAUCGUAUCCUGUGCUGGGAACUCGUCUCGAAGCGUGGAGGCUCAUGGAUCCUGCACUAUGUCAAGUCCGCCUAUGCGGUGACGGAUGUACCGGAUCAGGUCCCCGAGCUGAUCAGUCAGCGUCGACGAUGGUUGAACGGGUCUUUCUUCGCUGCUAUCCAUAGUACUGUUAAGUUCCACUACAUCUACCGCUCGUCGCAUUCCUUCAUGCGCAAGUUCUGGAUCCACGUCGAAUUGGUGUACCAAAUCUUCAAUCUCUUCUUCUCUUGGUUUUCUUUGGGCAACUACUUCAUCGCGUUCACGAUCCUUAGUGAAGCACUGGAGGACCCGUCGUUCAAUCUCAAGGGCAUUCACGUCGCCAACAUCAUACUCGAAUACUUCUACCUCGGUCUCCUCAUCCUGUGCUACAUUUUGGCCCUCGGUAACCGACCACAAGGGGCGAAGUGGUUGUACACAUUCGCGUUCAUCGGGUUCGGCAUCAUUACGAUAUACAUGACCAUUGCUGCGUUCUUCCUUGCGUUCAAGGGCAUCGACAACAUAUCCAAAAAUGAAGGCGCUCUCACGUUAGACGACCUAUUCACGAACUCUAUCUUCCGAAACAUCUUUGAGCCAUGGCAUAUGAUCACGUCGUUCAUUCAGUACCUCCUGAUGGCGCCUUCGUACAUCGCAGUCCUCAACGUCUACGCUUUCGCCAACGUCCACGAUGUUUCAUGGGGUACCAAGGGAGACAACAAGGUCUCAACAGAUCUCGGUGUUGUCAAAGUUGGUCCUAACAAGAACGAAGUCGAAGUGUCUGUGCCUACAACGGAAACGGAUAUCAACGCCGCGUACGAGGAUGCAAUUCAUAUGCUGUCCACCAAGCCUCCCAAGGCCGAGUCGAAGCCCGACCCGCAGACAGAGCAGGAAGACUACUACAAGACCUUCCGUACCAACGUGAGUUUCGGCCCGUGUAUCAUGAGCGUCGAGGUUCUGCUUUGGUGGACAUUGUCCAAUGCUCUCCUUGCAGCCAUCGUCGUUACGGCGUCAGACAAGGCCACGGACUCCAAUGCCGAGAAGAUGGUCAGCGGAUACAUGGCUUUCAUCCUCUUCUCCGUCGCCUUCCUCGCAUUGAUCCGCUUCAUCGGCGCGACGACAUACAUGCUCGUGCGCCUCUUCGCCGGCGAAUGA